GAGCCGCGGUGUGCCUGGGCUGGGACCCUCGAGACUCCGAAACGAGGGGCGUCGCGGACGCAACCAGAGGCGUCAGGCGACCGCUCAGUCUAGUGAGGACAGGACGGGGGAGCCGGGGGGACCGGGGCUGGGUUUCGGGGUGAGGGGGGCGCCAGAAGUUAUGUGCGAUUCGAAGCAAGGGGCUCCCCCUCGGCCCCACGAAGCCCCUCCUCUUCGCAGGAGCAUGUUCGACUCGGACAAGCCCAAAGCGCGAAGGCCCACGCCGCCCUUCGACCCGCGCUUCCCCAACCAGAACCAGACCCGCAACUGCUACCAGAACUUCCUGGACUUCCACCGCUGCGUGCAGAAGAUGAACCGCCGCGGGAAGAGCACGCAGCCCUGCGAGUACUACUACCACGUGUUCCACUCGCUGUGCCCCAGCAGCUGGGUGCAGCGCUGGACCGAGCAGAUCCAAGACGGCACCUUCGCGGGGAAAAUCUGACCGGCUGCCCGCCGGCUCCUCCGGGGGCCCGGCCAGUGGCCCGUCCCUUCGUCUCCCGGAGACCGGGCGGCCCCCACCCGGGCCUGAGCCACAAAUAAAGCCGUGCUGUUGUCGCCGGUCCUUCCUUC